AUGCUGACGGAGAGGUCCCCCAGUGACCCGCCGCGGGAUGCAGCGCGCGGCGCUGGAGCCGGAGCAGAGGGCGUGGGCGAGCCGGAUUUGGGCUUGGGCUCGGGCAGCAGCAGCAGCAGCCGCGGCGGCCAGGCUGGGCGGCGCGGGGGGAUGGCGCUCCCGGGGGAGCCGGCCUUGCUCAAUGGGGUUGCCAAGGAGACCGGCCGGCCACCCCCCUCCCCCGGCCCGCCACCCCCUGCCGCGCCGGUGCCGGUGAUCGAGCUGGUGCGCGGCGGCCGCCCUAUAAAAGGCAGGGAGACGCCGGCUGGAGCCAUGCAGAGCCAGCCGGGAGACGGCGGCGGCGGCAGCAGCAGCAGCAGCAGAGCGCCCGCAGCCCUCGCCCUCGCCCUCGCCACGGGCCCCGGCACGCCCCCCGCUGGCGGCAGCAGCAGCCACGACGCCCGCAUGGUGCAGCUCAGCCCCGCCGCAGCGCCCGCCCUCCCGCUCCAGCCGCCCGCCAGAGCCAUGCUCUACGGCCUCGGCGCCCCGCUCAGCGCCGCCAGCAGUGGAUUUUUUGGGGAGCCAGACACCUUCUCAAUGUACAACAAUAGCCGAGUGAAAAGAAGACCAUCCCCUUAUGAAGUGGAGCUCUCUGAUGGUCCUCAUACAAAAGUGGUCCGUCGAAUAUUUACCAAUAGCCGGGAGAGGUGGAGGCAGCAGAAUGUCAAUGGGGCCUUUGCUGAGCUUCGCAAGCUCAUCCCAACUCACCCACCUGACAAAAAACUCAGCAAGAAUGAAAUCUUACGGCUGGCCAUGAAAUACAUCAACUUCUUGGCUAAACUGCUGAAUGACCAGGAAGAAGAAGGAAACCAAAGGGGUAAAGUCAGCAAAGACACUGGUAUAGUGCAAGAGGAUCUCCUUCAGGACAUGUUGUCCCCAAAUUCAAGCUGUGGAAGUUCAUUAGAUGGAGCAGGAAGCCCAGACAGUUUCACAGAGGAGCAUGACAUGUUAGAUUCUAAGCACUCAAGAGGCAUCCACCACUCUAUUCUUCCAAUUGAAAACAAUGCACAGCGAUGAUGAAAUGACAAAGAGGCACAGGCAAGCCACUGAGAACCUGGCAUUUGGAAGUUAUGCAUGCCCUUCCCCCAUUGUUAGCUCAGCCAAUAGAUGGGGACCUCCUGACUUUUCUUUCUUUCAGCUGGAAUAAGACAACAGGAUUAUUAACAAAUUGUUGGAUCAAAUCAAGUGUAUUUUUGUUGCCUGUGCUGCAGAUGAAGCUCAGGCCCAAGAAGUCAUUUUGCUAUCUGUGUUGUUUUUGAAAGAAUGAGUGAAAUGUGUGGGCAGCACAUCUUGUAUUCAAAGAAGGGUCAUAAAUGACUGGACUGGUGAUCGGUUUUAUGCAGAAUAUCUACCCUUCUGUACUAUAUUACUUCCCCCCUUUCUCAGCUGUGCAGACCCAGGCAUUUUCCAUGAUAUGUGUUAUGUGGCAAUAUGUUGUGUGGUUUUUUUCCCCUCCCAGCCACUCUGGGGAAAUUGAUGCAACUUCUCUGUGCAGAGUAUUUUCUCCCAUGAAUUUUUCUUUCUUUUAAGGAAGAAAAGAAAUCCUCUCAUGAAGGAACAGUUGAGACUUUGUUUUGUGGGUUUGUUUGGUCCUUCUUCUUUUUAAAAUAAAUCUAGCCCAGUUU